AGAAAAAGAGCUUCUCUACCUCAGGGAGUGCUGGUCCCUGACUUGGCUUUCUAGCAAGAAGCUGGUUGGCUUUCAUACUUGUAAUAAAACUGAGUGUUUAAAAUGCAGUUGUUUUCCUCCAACAGUCCUGUUCAAAACCUCAGAUAAAAUCUUCCUGAGACAGAUGUCAAGGCGGCUGCCAGCACCUAGUAACUCCUGGCCCAGAGGAAGGACUUUGUUUUGGAGCUCUAAGGCAGGAACAGAAGCCAGAACAAUGAGCUCUCCAGUUGACCACGGCAUAUAAAUUGCUGCCCGAAAGCAAGCUUCAGAGAACUUCAGUAACCUCCAGGAAAGCUCUGAGCUUAAGCAGCCCAGCGCAGCCAAAGAAGACAUGAGGAGUCUGCUGGCACUGCUGAUGGUGACUCUGGCCCUGGCAGUGCUCUGCUGUUGUGAGAAAGAUCCCAAAGGCUCCUCAGAAUCUGCCAUCACUGACAGCAUCAAGAUCAAAAAAGAAGUCGCCAAUACCUUUGUGAAGAGGCAGAAGAGAUCCAGCCUGUAUGAACGGUACUUUGAGUAUUACAAAAGCCCAAUGGAGCAGAUGCAUGAGCGCUGUGAAAACUACCCUCCCUGUGACUAUCUCUCUGACCAAAUAGGAUUUGCCAUGGCCUACAACCGUUUCUUUGGGAGAUACUAAGGGUGGAGUGGUCAUUUCCUUCAUUUUGCUUGGGGCUGCUCUGAAUGCCUCAGGAAAAAGAAAGCUGUGGGUUGGAAGGAAGGAAGACUGGGGCUGCCUUCUGUUUUCUCCUCACUCAGCUGGAACUUCAAGGCAAUAAUUACCCAACUUGUUGAGCUCAUGCUAGCUGUCUUCCUCUCAGCAAAAACAUUUCUCUCCAGUCAUGUUUUGUGGUGUUUUGAGCUUCACCAGAAAUGAUUGACAAAGACUCUGUCUUAUGUCCUUCUACUCGAAACCCCUGGAUGCAGUAGGAGGAAAAAAAACAGUGAUUCACCUUGAGAAAAAUCAAUGUAUGCCUCAGAAAUGCCACAAGCUCUUUUGUCCUCUUCUACCAAAUGCAGGAGGUUUAUGAAAGGAGAAUGUCAUCACAUGUGUAAAUAAAAAUGGGAUGGAUCUCAUCGUGGGAUGCUCGCUAGGAAGGUAGCAGAACAGCUGCCUCCUGAGCUGCCUCCUGCUACAGUAGCUGGGAAAGUUCAGUACUUAGUACAACCACUGUAAAUAUGUGCCAGUGUGAGAUCAUUUUGCAAAGGUAGAGGCGUGGAAAUACUCUCACGUUGCCAGAAAUCAAGUUCUAGUGCACUCUUCUGAUUAUUCUUGUCACCAAAUAUGUCUAUAAAGCAACAAGAGUUAAAGCCCCAGAGAUGUGUUUAAAGAGUCCUUUUAGAUGAGCCCUUCUAUUUGUAUGCUGCAUUCAGUGACUCCAAAAAGUAACUUGGAAGCCUCUUGGUUUUGAUACAGUUAAUAUCUGGUGAAACUGAAUAUACCUAGGCAGAAUAAAGAAAAACAACCUUUUCCUUUCUGUUACUUCAGCAUUUAUGCUUGAAAUCAAAGUGUCAAACAUGCUCCCCAAAAAAAGCAAAGUAAUAAAAAGCAAUAAACUUUACAAAAUAAAGAAAACCAAUAUCAGUUCAAGGAUGUGGUGAAAUUGGGUCAGCAUUUGGUUUAUUCAAAACACUUUGUACCUCUUUCAUACACAUAUACGUGUGUGUGGUUUAUAUACAUAGGCUCUUCCCUCUGCACUGCUUCAUUCUGUUCUUUGUUAGAGAUAUUAUACCUUAGCAACUUUCUGCACAGCCUCCCACGAUGUCCUCGGUCAGCUUUUCUUCCCUGAGAGGGAGCUGGCACAUCCCAUCUCCAAGGACAUGAAACUGCUGACCCUCAGGAGGCUGAGAAAGUCCAAAUUUCUCUGGUUACAUCAAAGUUGGUGCAGCUCUCCCCAGCUGCUGACUGCAAUAAACACUGCUAAUGCAAAGCA